CUUCUUUCCUGCCUCUGAUUCCGGGCUGUCAUGGCGACCCCCAACAAUCUGACCCCCACCAACUGCAGCUGGUGGCCCAUCUCCGCACUGGAGAGCGAUGCGGCCAAGCCGGCGGAGGCCCCCGACGCUCCCGAGGCGGCCAGCCCCGCCCAUUGGCCCAGGGAGAGCCUGGUUCUGUACCACUGGACCCAGUCCUUCAGCUCACAGAAGGUGCGGCUGGUGAUCGCCGAGAAGGGCCUGGUGUGCGAGGAGCGGGACGUGAGCCUGCCGCAGAGCGAGCACAAGGAGCCGUGGUUCAUGCGGCUCAACCUGGGCGAGGAGGUGCCCGUCAUCAUCCACCGCGACAACAUCAUCAGUGACUAUGACCAGAUCAUUGACUAUGUGGAGCGCACCUUCACAGGAGAGCACGUGGUGGCCCUGAUGCCCGAGGUGGGCAGCCCACAGCAUGCGCGGGUGCUGCAGUACCGGGAGCUGCUGGACGCGCUGCCCAUGGACGCCUACACACACGGCUGCAUCCUGCACCCCGAGCUCACCACCGACUCCAUGAUUCCCAAGUACGCCACGGCGGAGAUCCGCAGACAUUUAGCCAAUGCCACCACAGACCUCAUGAAACUGGACCAUGAAGAGGAGCCCCAGCUCUCCGAGCCCUACCUUUCUAAACAGAAGAAGCUCAUGGCCAAGAUCUUGGAGCACGAUGAUGUGAGCUACCUGAAGAAGAUCCUUGGGGAGCUGGCCAUGGUGCUGGACCAGAUCGAGGCCGAGCUGGAGAAGAGGAAGCUGGAGAACGAGGGGCAGAAAUGCGAGCUGUGGCUCUGUGGCUGUGCCUUCACCCUUGCUGAUGUCCUCCUGGGGGCCACCCUGCACCGCCUCAAGUUCCUGGGACUAUCCAAGAAAUACUGGGAAGAUGGCAGCCGGCCCAACCUGCAGUCCUUCUUUGAGAGGGUCCAGAGACGCUUUGCCUUCCGGAAAGUCCUGGGUGACAUCCACACCACCCUGCUGUCGGCCGUCAUCCCCAAUGCUUUCCGGCUGGUCAAGAGGAAACCCCCAUCCUUCUUUGGGGCGUCCUUCCUCAUGGGCUCCCUGGGCGGGAUGGGCUACUUUGCCUACUGGUACCUCAAGAAAAAAUACAUCUAGGGCCAGGCCUGGGGCUUGGUGUCUGACUGUCGGUGUCUCUGUGCUGUGUGAUUCCCCGUGAGCUCUCAGUAACUCACUGUCUCAUGAACACUUGGACAGCCCUCCCCGCCCUUUGUUCUGAGUAAUAAUAUCGUCAGUGUGAAAACAUUCCAUAGUUUAGAAGUAGACAUUGCCAAUGCUGUGACUUAAGGCCACGGCUCUACUAAAAGAGAGGAAGCAAGAGAGAGAAAGACAAAAACCAGAAACAAAACACGAAUGCCUUUUCUUUCGAUUCAAGGUCUCAAGAUGGAACUGUGGGGACUGGUUAGAAUCUGAGAUGAGUCCCAGGAUGUUUCAUCCACCAGGGCCCAGAUUCUGGGAGGUGCUGGGGACUCAGAGGGCCUGACUCCUCGCCUCCCCUUCCCUCUUGCCCAGGGAACUCUUCCACAGGACAAAGCCAACAUCAAGACUCAACUCCUCUAACCGGUACCUCUGAAUGGGGCUGGAUAACCGGAGACCCCAUGGGAGGUCCCUGAAGAUCAGAAGGGGCUUCACGCUUCUCCUGGACAUGGACUGGCUUGAGCCAAGGCAGUGGCACUCCAAAACCAGGCCGCAGUGGGGACAGACACCAUGAGCACACCCUCUCAUUGCCCUUCAGAUCUGGCCCAUGUGUUGGGUUUGGCGUUAAUAGAAAUCUCUGAAGGCAGCAGCCAUCAUCCUCUUCCUACCUUGAGUUUUUCUAUCCUGUGAGGUGGGACUUUCAGUAAAAGCCAUGUUGACCCUCUCUCAGAAGGUCAGUCCAGCCCAAGUGCAGGGGCGGAUCUGGAGGUGGACAAACCUAGGUCCCCCUUCCAGCCUCCGCCCAAG